GCGCCAAAAAUAUGCCGCAUUAUUCUGCUGCAUUCAUUCCGAUUCGGUUGCUCAGACAGUAAGAACAUGGACUACGAAAAUAUUAAAUUUGAAUUCAGAGAAGGAAGCCGAGCGGGCUGCUCGUUACUGUUGUUUUCAUUAUGCGAGCAACAAAUUUAUGUAAAAAACAAACAUUUAAAACUAGGCGAAACCACAUACAUAUGCCGGGUUAAACUCUGUAAAGCUAGAGUUUAUUUAAGUGCAGACAAAUCUAGAGUUUACUCAAAUCCUGAAUAUGUUGUGCAUAGCCAUGGCCCUCAGAGUGAUGAAAUGGAAAAAAUCAGUGCUCUUAGUGAAAUAAAACUGAAGUGCGAAAAUAAUAGCAAUUUCGACACCAAAAAAGUAUUCAAUGAUGUUCUUGCUGAGAAAACAAAAGGUGAAGCGGAGAUUGAAAUAAAUUAUGACGCUGUCAAACGCACUUUGCAAAGAAAAAGACAGCCUUUCUUGCCAAAGCCUCCAUCUUCUGCAGAGAAUGUUCUGGAAGCUUUUCAAGACGAAAAUAUUAUGAACCGUUUUGGAAUAACCAAGGGAAAUACUGCAAAUCAGCAUUAUUUAAUUGAUGCUACAUUUAAAGUGUGCCCUUUUGGAGAUUUUAAGCAACUUUUAAUAAUUUAUAUUAAAUAUUUGCAGAAGAUAACCCCUUUUGUUUUUGUUUUGAUGACUCGCAAAACGGAGCUGUGUUAUCAGCACUUAUUCACAUAUAUAGACUCGAACAUUUGCUGCCUUAAAGGAGCAUCCUUUAUAUCAGAUUACGAAAAGGCAAUGCGUAACGCGUUAAAAGGUCUGCAUCCCAACAUGAAUUUUUACGCCUGUUGGUUUCAUUUUACUCAAGCAUGCAAGAAAAAUGCCAAGCAAUCGAGUGGUUUUGAAAAUACGCUUAAAUGCAAUAAGAAAGCUUACAUGCUAUUUAUGAAAUUUUUGCACUUGCCGCUUUUACCAGAAAGCAAAAUUGUCGAAGCAUUUAACCUUCUAAAAGGCGAAGCAAUAAACUUAAAUAAGAAGCUGUUUUCUCCAUUUUUAAAAUAUUUUAAUAGACAGUGGCUUAAAAAGGAGGGACCAAAAAGCAUAUCCGUGUUUAAGAGGUCAACUAGAACCACGAGCUCAGUAGAAGCUUAUAAUUUGAAUUUGGGAAAUAAAAUUCGAGGAAAUGGGCACUUUUUUAAAUUUGUUCAAUGUCUUAUUGAUGCAGAAUAUGAAAAAAGUCGCGAGUUUGCUUUACUCUUUCAAAAUGGUGGUAAUGGAAAUCAGACACAGAAGAAGAAAUUACGUGAUCGCUCAAAAAAAUAAUGGACGCAAUGGAUCUUUUUGAAAGAGGUGAAAUAGAUAUACAGGGAUUUCUGACAUGCACUGUUUCCUUAGCUGACCGCUUUUCAAAGCAGGACUUCUUUGAAGGGGUGGACAAUGAAAGCAAUUUAACUGGAAUGUCUUCUGAUAUGAAAUCUUCCACAUCGUCACUUUCAUCGAAUGCUUCUCAUUCAAGUCAGUCAUCUGAUAAAUCAUUGGUUCAAAUGAAUCCAUGCAAUGUGUGCCUAUGUAACCCAAAGUCUGUGUUGUUGCGCCCGUGCAAUCACGUAAACAUUUGUGGUACAUGUUGGGAUCAAAUUGUGGCCCACAACCAAGCAAAAAAAGAGUUGGAAGAAAAUGAAAAUAUAAAGCCAAAAUGUCCAAGUUGCAACCGAGAAGUCGAAGAGGCCAUACGCAAUGUUUUUAUUUACAAUUAACUUGUGUAAGUUAAGAACGACAAAAUUUAAGAAAACUUCUAUUAUGAUUUCUGUGUAUUUGGACUAUUGCACAUUUUUUAAUUUCAAUAAAAUCAUGUUAUAAAAUGAAAUGCUGUCAAAAAAAUAUAAGUGUAUUUUACAUGCGAAA